AUGUCUUCAGGUCGUGUUAAACAAAUUUGUCAGAAUUUUUUAUUACAUUCGGAUUCUGGUUUAGCUCAUCGAUUACAAGAAGAAGAAUUUGCUGUACAUUUUGAUCGAAAUCGUACACAUCGACGUGAAAAUCGUCUAGGUGUAAGUGCAGCUCGUAAUGUUGAAGAAGAAGAAAAGCAGUCAUUAAUUGCCAAACAAUUUGAGUUUUAUCAACAAAAACAAAAACUAGAAGAAAAUGAUAUUGCAUUAGCACGACAAUUACAUGAAGAAUAUGAAAUUCAAUCAAACUCAAAUCAACGAUCAUCUACUAAUACUCAUUAUCAUUCACAUGAUAAAAAGGAUUACUAUGAAGAUAUUGAUGAAUCAUUUACAUUUGAAGAUACAAGUGGUGAUGAACAUUUAGCACGAAUUUUGCAAGAAGAAGAAAGACUAUUAUCAGCUGCAGCAGCUCAUCGUGCUCAUUACAAAUCAACAUUUGUAUAA